CUAUGUGAUGUAAAAUAAACUUGUAAACUCAUAAAAACAGAGAGCUCCGUUUCUCAUUCUUUAUUCAUUUUUCCAUCAAUCAAUGGCUGAUGAACAGGUUCAGAUGCAGACAAUGAAUCAAGAUCUGGAAGAACCAAUGGCUGAGAUCAUGCCAAGCGUCUUAACGGCAAUGUCGUAUCUCUUGCAAAGAGUAUCGGAGACCAACGACAACUUGAACCAGAACCAGAGGAUCUCAGGGUUCAAUGGAUUAACCAAACCUUGUAUUUCAAUCAGAAACUAUCUCGAGAGGAUCUUCAAGUAUGCGAAUUGUAGCUAUUCGUGUUACAUCGUCGCGUAUAUAUAUUUGGAUCGGUUCGUGAAGAAGCAGCCGUUUCUGCCUAUCAAUUCCUUUAAUGUUCAUCGGCUUAUCCUCACAAGUGUCUUGGUCUCAGCCAAAUUCAUGGAUGACUUGAGUUACAACAAUGGAUAUUAUGCAAAGGUUGGAGGAAUAAGCAGAGAAGAGAUGAACAUGCUUGAGCUAGACUUCUUGUUCGGAAUCGGGUUUCAGUUAAACGUCACCGUUCCUACGUUCAAUAACUACUGUUGUUUUCUUCAGAGAGAGAUGGUGAUGUUGAUGAAGAUGAAGUCUCUGUUUCUAGAACCUUCUCUUUCGUUUAGAAGCUCUUUUAAGACGAAACUUCUGAUGAAUAAUCCACACGAAGAAGACUCUUUAUCUACUCAUCACAACGAGAAGCAGCUCGCUGCUGCUUGAUGUUUAUAUAUAUGCAUUGGGGUUUUAUCACGCUGCGGUGAUGUAAACUUUCUUUUGUAUCCCGAGGGUUUUGAUUAGUGAUGUUAGCUUAGGAUUUUUAUGAAUCGAUUCUCUUGGGCUCUAUUUUUGUUCAUGUUAUAUGUUUUUAAGUCACCAUCUAACUUGAAAUCUAAGAUAAUAUAAAAGUCAUACGAUUGUAGCGGAUCAUACUAUUUCUUGAAUAUGAAAAUCUUGUAAA